CAAAACUUUUAUGCAGGACUCCUUUUUUUUUUAUAAAACCCAUUGAUCUUGAAUCUGGAAUUAUUGUAUAAUAAACUAUAAUUAUUUAUGUAAUCUAGAAGACCGUCUUCUUGAUCUUUUAUACCGAGAAAUUGGUACAAUUCCUCUUUCUUUCUUCUUAAAACUAAUUGACGUUUAUUAAAGGAGGAAUCGGUUCUUUAGUUUAAUCUUGAUAAUAGCAAAUAUCGAUUGCUGUUUCAGAUUUUAUUAAUAAGUGCGCUCUGGUGCAGAUUGCUAUUGUGUUUUCUCACUUUAUAGUACAACCUUGAUUGUUUGUGUUCGGUGGGAAAAAAGGCAUCUCUAAUCAUAAUUUUUUCUUUCCAUGAUUCAAUUUGGAAACGAAAUAAUCUCUAAUUUGUAAUUUAUUACAGAAGCUAUUAAUUUUCAGUAUUCAUCUUCUGUUUAUAUUAUACUCAAGUGAGUCUAUUUGGUCUUUGCAUAUAUACAUUCGUCGGUCACGUUUGAUCAAAUCCCCCCCUUUUUUUUUGGAAACUUAUUAAUUGUACCUUUUACAAUGAAAUUUGGACACAACUUUCAGCGUGCGUUGGAAAACGAGAUGCCUCCUGGUUGGAGCGAGGCAGCAAUUCAGUAUAAAGCUCUUAAGAAGUGCAUUAAGCGUUUUGUGUACGAGCUUUCAUCUCUGGGCUUAAGUGCUGAAACAAUUCGGCGUCUCAUUUCCUCAUCAGAUGAAAACCAGCAGCGAGCCAUCACCAUGACUUAUUCUUUGGCCAAAGAGGGUCACGUUGUGGUUCCCAAAAUUGUUGUGAAUGUGAAUUUUGAGAAAUUAAAGGAUGAUGAAUUUGCAGCCUCAAUGGUGAAACAACUUUCUGCUUCUUCUAAUAUCGCUAAUUCUUUCCAUACUCCAACAUCCCGAACUUUUCAUAUCAAUGAGAAAGGUGGUAAUGAUAAUCAUUGCUCUAAUAUUAAGGUUGGUCAAAUUAAUACAUAUACGGAUGAUUCCGAAGUUCAACAAAUGGAACUCUUGUUGAAUUUCGAUCAUGAGUUUUUUGAAAAGCUUACUACAGAAUUGCAGAAUGUCGAACACUUACAGCAACAGCAACGUGAAAUUUUGCAUUCCGCUUUUGAAAAUCUUACUCAUGAUAUUUCCUUGACCGCGUCACCUGUCUCUAAAAAGCAUUACAAUUCACUGUAUUGCUGGAGAACCAUUUUUAGACUGUAUAUGGAUGCAGAUAUCUUCAUGUCUAGUAAGGAAGCCGAUGGAAAUCGUGAAAGAUCUCCAGAGUUAGCUCAACGCCAUUUGAGCUGGUUUGACCAACAAGUUCGGAAGGCUCAUUGCCUUCCUUCUUCUACGAAGCAUCAUGACUGGGUGUUCUACAAUCAGUUUGUAGAACUGAAUCGGAAUCUUCUCAAAAUGACUUUUUUCCAGAGUAUGAACAAGCUGGCAGUAACGAAAAUAUUAAAGAAGUUUGAUAAACGUACUUCGCUUACUGCUCAGCCGUUGUUCUUCAAAGUCAUUGAUUCCGACCCUCUACUCGUUGCCGAUAAUGUUGCAAAGGCUAUUUGCUUUAAUCUUAAUUCCAAAUUGUUCUCUGUAAUCCCGCAACUACAGGACUUUGAGUGUGCAAUUUGUUCCAACAUAGCAUAUAAGCCUGUGCGCCUUGGUUGCUCGCACGUUUUUUGUUUGCAUUGCUUAAUUAUUUUACAGAGACAAAAGGUUAAUCUAUGUCCUUUAUGUCGUGCUGAAGAAGUAUUGAAAGCCGAUUCCCGCAAUAUUGACCAAGCAUUAUUAAAUUUUAUGAAGACGUUUUUUCCCCGCGAAAUUAAACAAAAGCGGGUCGAAAACGAGGAAGAUCUAUUUACUGGUCCUUCUACAUCCGUACGUGUGAUUUCCGACAAGAAUGCGUGUAUAAUCAUGUGAAGCGCAUCUAUUUCUUUAUUGAAAAGUGUGUAUAUUUUUAUUUUUUUUUUACCUUAAUUUAUUUUUGCAUUAUAGGCAAGGUUGUUUUAUGCACCCCUUAUUACAGAAACAGCUAUGUUUCGGCUUGCCAGAAUGUUUUGAAAAAGCGAUUCUGUUUUCAUAAUGCGUGCAGAGUUGCUUUAACGAAAAUUUAAAUGUGUGCUGAACUAUCUGCUUUCUUUUGCACAUUUUAAUUAUCUCUUAUGUCUUUUGUCUUUCUUUCCUGUUUUUGUUAAUUAUUUCAAUUAUGCUUUAUUUUAUGGUAUAGUCCAUGAAUUUUUUGCGUCCAGUAGUGGAGCUCUGUAUACUAAAAGGGUUUAUGGGUUUAGUUACCUUUUACUUGAAUAUUGAAAUUCUUACUUUUGUUAUUUACUAAAUAAUUAUUAAGUAAAGCAAUCUAUGAAUAUAAAAUUUGUG